CCCAUUGCGCAUAACCACAUACGGACGGGCGGGAUAUUUCUUUGGCAGGGAUGAAGGGGAGGUUAAAUCUUUAACGUCGGGAGGGUUGCUGCUAGCGAUGAUAAGGGAUCGACGACAAUCUUCUGAGUUUACGCACGCACAUGGUCACCUCAAACACGCACACACGGCACGCCAACUUGGACCAGCCGGGUGCCGGGGUGGUGGUGAUGACUUUGUCCGUCUAAGACAGCCGCGCACGCCUCGCAGCCUUCCGGGUUGGCGGCUUGUUUAGCAUCGAUGAGAAAUGGACUUUCUACAACAGUGUGCGUGUCCACUCAUAGCUACUGGUGCUACUUUCUAUCUA